UCGCGAUUGUAAAAUAACUCUAAUCAGCAUUCGAUAUGUAUAUUACAAUAGCAGCAAGCACGUCCAAAAAAAUUUACUGCAAGUGAAGUCGAGGGUAAAAACCCGUUUCCAAUGAAUUCAUCGGCCAUCAUGUACAUUUUCUGUGUGGGAAUAUGUUUUCCAAUAUUUUUAUGGAACAUUGCUGACAGUGCUCAUAAAAACGUCGCCAAAGUGCACAUUAAGCGUACUCCCAUGGUGGUUAAAAUGAACAAACCGUCAAAAUCCACUUCUAAUAUGAAAGCUAAUUUCAACUUAAGGAUUGCCCAACUUAGAAGAAGCAGAAUUGUUAAGUGUUGCGAGAAAAGGAAGUGCUCGCUGGGAUUUUACCACAAUAAGAAGAAAAAUAAUACAUUAGCGCGAGUAGCCAAAAUCAUAAGAAAUGAACUGAAUGGACCAUCCAAUCGAUUGGUGGUAAUUGGAAAAAAGAAAUACAAGUUCCCUCCAGAAAAGGCAACUUUUGAGGAGGCAAAAAAGUUUUGCGAAGACCAAGGAUUAGAUUUGACGUCACCAGCCAGCACAAAAGAAUCCAAAUCAAUAGACGAAUAUCUCAACUAUAUCGGUUUAGGAUCUGAGCCUUUGUUCACCGCUUUUCCGACGGACGAUUCUCUCAGCGGGGCUAAAUGGGGCUCUGACAAACCCCCAGGAGGGCCUGGCGAAUGCCUGACCCAGUACAAGGGAUCUUUGUACAACGCGUCCUGCGAUCAACAAUCGCACUUCUCCUGCCAGGAAAAGCCCUUGCCAGAAGGCGUGACGCAAUCCUAUGAUAUGCUCGCCUCCAUUGGAGAUGCGGUUCUGAAUUUCGUUGGUGGCAAAAACAUAAUUGCCCCCUCGGAAAGGGCGAGUGUGCCCGAGGCCACUGGCAUGUGCAAGGAAAAGGGCAUGGACCUGAUGAGUCUCGAUUCGCUGACCCAGCUGAGCUCUGUGCAUGAUUUCCUCGGAGGAAUCGGGCUCUCGUCAAGCACUUUGCUGACUUCGAUGAAGAAAGUUGACGACUCGGGCUCGUCCAACUGGCUCGGCGACUUGGCCUCGGCUUUGCUGCCGCCGCCGAAGAACCCCGCGGACCAGGGCGACUGCAUGGGAAUCAGUUCUCUGGGCAUUUUGGGCGUCAGCUGCGACAUGGUUUCCAAUUUCGUGUGUCAAGCGCCGCCGCCCAAGCUCAUCGGCGACAACGGCAACGAGCUGCCCUUCAGCAUGGAUUUGCUAAACAUGGCCAAUUCGCUGGGAAUUGAAUCGUUGCUGGAGCCAUCAGCAGUUCCAGAAUCGAAAACAACACCAGCAAAAGCAUCAACGCAGAUGCGUCCUAUAAAAACGACGGCGCUUCCAAGGGCGAUAGCAUUAAUUACAACAAAGUCAUCACAGACCACAACAGAAGUGUUGACGACAAUUGCAGAUUAUGGGACGGUGGCUGAGGAGACAUUAAUCGUGAACGUGCCGGAGAUAGUUACAACAUCUCCAUUUACUGAAAAAUUAGCGGAGACUCAGACCGAAGCGCCAUCGACAAGAGAGGAAACAACAAGCACUGUGGCUGAAACGACACUUCCAACAACAACUGCUGCUGUGACAACUGCAAUUCCAAUCACAACAACUUUGGCACAGACACAAAUUGCUACAACAUAUCCUACAACGCCACUUCCAACCACAACUGCCACAACCACAACACCAGCCCCAAUUGCGUUUGAAGUUUCCGACAUGGGAAGAACUUAUUUUAGCCCAAAUUUAUCGCUUCCCGUCGCAAACGCGAGUGAUUGGUGUGGCAAAAAUUCGGCAAGAUUGGUUCUACUUGAGAACAAAAGGGAGUACGACGUCCUCUACAACUUCACUGGCCCAAAUUAUCAGCAUGCGAACCUUAGUUAUUAUACGGGGAUGAAUCAAAUCGGGAGAAAUUGGAGCUCUUUCUAUUGCGAUAGUUACGCAUCCACCGCAUUUAACUCAAUAAACGCAAGUCAGUGCCUUGUAAUUGCAAAUAGGACAUACAGAAGCGACUCUUGCAACGAAAGUCGCGCAUUCAUUUGCGAGUCAAACAAACCCAAUGGAAAUAAAGUCGGAGUGCACAACGUUUCAUUGUUCAAAUCGUACGAAGCACAACUGUUCGUUGACUACACUUUCUACGAGGCUCGGACUUAUUGCAAAGACAGGGGGUUGGAACUGGCAAAAAUCGACAGUCGUUUCGAGCUCUUGGGUGAACUGAAAUACAUGAUUUAUUCGCUGGGAAUAAAAAACAUGCGACUGCGUGUUUGGAUGGAUAUGGUGAACGGGUCAUUUCCCAAAAAUUCCACAGACCUCCUAUACGUAAACUGGGCCCCGGGCUUUCCGGACGCCUUCACCUGCAAUGCUUAUUUCAACUACACGCUGACGACGCAUGCCUGCUUGUCAACGUUGUACCCAAUAUGUGAAAAUACCACUCAAUCCUCCAAGAUCGCCAAUGACGUCAAAAUGAAUUUUGGGGAAACAGCCUACCUCGUCAGCGGUCCAAUAAUCAAUUCGUUUGAUGCGGAUAUUUACUGCACGGCAAUGAAUAUGAAAGUGGUUGCAGUGGAAACUAAGUUGGAGCAUCAAACUAUCGUGGGGCGUCUCAAUUUAAACAACCUUACUACAACUUAUGUAGCGGUUGAUCUAUUAAAAAUAAAUGCAACCUAUUAUGUGUGGGGAAACAACGGAACUUUCAACCCCAACGCGGUGGGCUGGGGUACCUCCAGACCAAACGGAAACGGUGAUUGCGGCGCUUACUUCAACGGGUCCCUAGUGCUGGUUGAUUGUUACGUUCCCAAACGGAUAUUCUGUCAGGAAGACAAGGAAUAUGGAAAUCCGAUAAUCUUCCAAGACCCAAAAAACGAGGCUCACAAAUACCGAUUAUACCCAAAAUCCUUUGCUCCCCAGAACAGCUUGAACACUUCUUGCAAUUAUUAUGGCCAACGUGCGGUUACGCUGGACUCGCCGUUUGAGCUGAAAAAUUCCAUUAUGCCAUUCCUCUCAUCAAAGAAUAUGCCCAACGUUGCAUGUUAUAUUUCAAGCGAGUUAACAGGAAGCUCGGCUGCUUCUUGGAAAAACUCGGCCAACCAGAAAUGGCUGCUCUACGAAAACUUCAACGUUGCGCUUUAUCCAAAGGAUUUCUGUUUGGUCGCCUCAGAAAAAGGCACCAAAAUUUUUGCACAAAAUUGUUCAAUGGUGCUGCCUAUUCUGUGUGAAGAUUUCUUCGACCCGCCUGUCACAAAUGUCACCAGCAAAGAUAAGACGAGACCGGACUAUGCAUUGUUUGAUUUUAUGACGUACAACACGUCAACGUAUUUCAUUUAUAAAGAAAAGGGGAAACUUUAUCCUGAGGCGCGAGGCUUGUGUCAAAGUUUCCAUUCCGACCUGGCAAUCAUAGAAUCAAAAGAGGAGAGCGACUUUCUCAUUCAACUCUUGGGAAUAUUUAACAAAUCGUCGGCGUACGUUUUCAUUGGCCUGGACAAGAUCGACAGACCCAGCUUUUCACACUGGAUCAACAAUGUCAGCUUGACCUACUCAAAUUGGUACACGUCCAGCACACCCAACAGCAAGGACAGAAACUGCACAGCUUUAUUAGCAAAUUCUUGGCUGGACAUUGAGUGUCAAAACGGCGGACUCCAUUUCAUUUGCGAAACCAACAGCACAGGCGGAUACCAAGAAAUUACGGAUAUAAUUUCCAAUAGCUCAUGGUUGGGAUGAAAUUGAAUUAUAAUUUUCUUGGUAAUAAGCUU